CAAAUCCCCAAAGUGCCUUGAGGGAUUACUCCAUGAAGGGGGGAAGAAGAAACAUGCAAAGAGGGGAAGAAAUCAAGAAGAAAGAGUCUUCAAGGGCUAGAAAUCCUCCUCUAAAGCUCUCCUCCACUUCUCCUCCUCCUCCUCUUCUCCAAGAUUCUAAUUCUCUCUCUAACCUCACUUUAGAAUAAGAAAUCUGCCAAAACCACUCUACUCAAGUGAAGGAAUCCCCUACUUAUAUAGUUUUGGGAUGACAUGCAAGUUCAUAGAUGGAUGAGGGAAGAUUGCGGGCGUGAUCUGGGGGAGAGAUGUUGCGAUCUUUGGACGUAGGACUUGAGACUUGAUGCGAGUUUAUUAAGAGUAUUUAUGGUUUUCAAAUUAUUCAAGGAAUUGUCAUUUGAAUUUAAAGUAUUUUCACAAUUUUUUCAAGUCAUUUCCUUCUUACUUUGGUUCACGGUUUAUCAUGAGCAUUUUGGUAAAAAGAGUGUUCGGGCAGAUUAGGGCGUUACAAGGGGUAUGUAACACUUUAGAUAAAUCUCAUAUCGACAAAGCACAUGAUAUAUCCAUGAUUUAUAAGUUAGAAACCGACAUUAACUAAUAAGACACGUUUUUGGGUGAAAUGAAAGAGUUCUAGUAAAAACUCCAAAGUUAAACGUUCUAGAAACGCAAAGAUGCGUGACAAUUGAAAAAGUCACUUUGGUAUGCACUUCAGGCAAAAACUAUGAUGAUCUAAACCUAAGACGGACACAAUUUUAGUAAGAAAAAAGGUUGGAAAUUUGGAAUGUUACACUUGACCGCCAAAUAAAAAAUGACAAUCCCAAGUACCGAUGCUGACCCCCAAUAGCCCUCUUCCUCAUGAAAUGACUUUUUCCAGAAAUAGCACUAAAAAGAAAAAAUAAAAUUGAAAAACCCAUUUACGAAAAAUUCCAAAAUUUCGAAAUGUACGUGGAUUUAUGAAAAGUGAAAGUAAUGUUAUUCCCAAAAUCUCGUAUAUCCAAAACUAGUUCCUGUUUUUAAAAUUCCUUCCUGCUAAAAGUUGUAGUCUUUCAAAAGUUAUGCGAAAUAAAAAAAAAUUCAUGACGUUUGGAGUGCGGAGCACAAAGUUAUAACCGUCCAAAGUUUGGCGAAAUCGAAAAAAGCUCGUUCGGAGUAGCAAACAACGUUUUUUUUUGGACGAAGGCGGGACCGCGGCUUGCUAGAUCUCGAAAAGUUAUACGGAAUAAAAAAAAAAUCGCUAAGAUGGGAUUACCGAGCACAAAGAUAUGUUUGUUUAAAGUUUUCACCUAGGUUAGAGUUGAUCGAGAAAAAAAAAUGGACAAACCGCUGAGUGGGGCAGCGGUUUUUGACCAAACCGCCCCGACCCCAUGGGGUCACCAAAAUCGCCUCCACCCAUGUGGUUUUCAGUGAAAACCGCGCACUCAGAUGGUGGUUUUUGAGAAAUGAUGGUAUUUUUGGAAUUUUUCAGAAAUGGAUAAGAUUUUCGAAAGUAUUUUUAUUCUUAGAUGUAUUUCUGUAAAAAAUUCCUAUGAAACUGGGUAAAUGUUUUUAUAGAUAGAUAGAAGAAUGCAGCCAAAGUUGAAAUUUGGAUCUUCCCGGUUAAAAAUCUAUACCCACAUCUCGUUUCCUAAUUAAAGCCCAAUUAAAUUGACCUCGUUCGGCUCUCUCAGUAAAUCUUCAGCUUUUCAUUCGCCGGCUUCGCCGUCUGCCCCGGUUUUCCGCGGCGGUUGAAGACCUUUAUUUCGCUCCGCGCUCUGGCGAAGCGACGUCUUUCUGAGUAUGAGCAUGAUAGGGGCGCAAUCGGAGAGAGGAGAUGAGAAAGUAUCAUUGGAGCUGACGGAAGAGAUCCUCAAGAGUAUGGAAAUCGGCAUGGUCUUCAGAGACUAUAGCGGAAGAAUCAGUUCCAUGGACUUCCAUAAGCCGUCGAGCUACUUGGUGACUGCUAGCGACGACGAAUCCAUUCGCCUCUAUGAUGUUGCGAGUGCAACAUGUCUGAAGACAAUUAAUAGCAAGAAGUAUGGUGUUGAUCUGGUUUCCUUCACUUCUCAUCCUACAACCGUUAUAUACUCCUCGAAAAAUGGAUGGGAUGAAUCUCUUCGGCUCCUCUCACUGAACGAUAACAAGUAUUUGCGAUACUUUAAAGGUCAUCAUGACAGGGUUGUGUCACUAAGUUUCUGUUCUCGGAAAGAGUGUUUUAUAUCAGGUUCCCUGGAUAGAACUGUGUUGCUUUGGGAUCAACGAGCUGAAAAGUGUCAGGGCCUUUUGCGGGUUCAAGGACGACCUGCAGCAGCAUAUGAUGAUCAGGGACUUGUUUUUGCCAUUGCCUUUGGAGGAUUCAUCAGAAUGUUUGAUUCUCGUAAAUAUGAAAAGGGUCCUUUUGAAAUCUAUUCUGUUGGCGGAGAUACUUCGAAUGCAAAUGCUAUUAAGUUCAGCAAUGACGGCAGACUCAUGCUUCUCACAACCAUGGAUGGGAAUAUACAUGUCCUCGAUUCAUUCCGUGGAACAUUGCUAUCCACGUACAAUGUAAAGCCAGUUUCAAGAGAUUCCACAUUGGAAGCAUCUUUCAGCCCCGAUGGAAUGCAUGUUAUAUCAGGCUCAGGUGAUGGAAGUGUACAUGCUUGGAGCGUAAGGUCUGGGAAGGAGGUAGCGAGUUGGAUGACUUACGAAACAGAACCCCACGUCAUCAAAUGGGCUCCUGGAACACUUAUGUUUGCAACUGGGUCUUCAGAGCUAUCGUUUUGGAUUCCAGAUUUGUCAAAACUGGCUGCUUAUGUUGGGAGAAAGUAGAUCCUGUAGAUAUAAAUAUCAUCAUUGGUUUAUUACUGAAUUGAAACUCAUGACAGAAGCCUUGUUUGCUGCUGGGUCUAUAGUGUCACUAACGACUAGCUAAUGCAAUGUAGUUAGGUAGUAUAACUCAAUUGAUCAACCCAAUGAACUCAAUGUAUUUAUGGAAGAAGGAUAUAGAUGUUAGUAUGGCUUUCUGUGGUCUGGAGGAAGGAAAUAGAAAUGGUAUGUAGCUCAAGUCUUCCGGUAACAUCAUUUCCCCAGCCUUGGCGCCGGCGGUGCAUAGUUGAAGAGUGGUAUUGUAGAACACUUGCACACAAAUAAUCUUAUAAAUAAUAUAAAGAAAUAUGAGUAAUAAAGAAUUGGCCUUCUAGACUAGAGUGUUGAGCUUGACUCGUUGCUAGAGCUCGAGUAUAAUACGGGAUGGGUUGUGGCCCUUAUUGAUUCGCCUUCAACCUUCAAUGUAAUGUUCAUGUUGAGAAGCAAAAGCAAUAAAGAAUAGUAGAUAGAGACACUAUACAGAAUGUUUUGUUAAUCGAGUUUUACCUAUGGUUUUACGUCUCGAUUCAAAGGUGGCUUACCCUUUGAGACCGACUGUCUAACUUUUUACCUUAUUCCAAUCUAACUCCAAGUUGAGUUCCUUCGAGGGGAACUUAGACCCUUAACAAAAAUAGAGUGAUAAUCUCUUCCUCGCAAGCACUCACGCCAAAAUGAGAAAUUAUACAACCUCACAAUCACUCAACUAAUGCAGACAGUGAACCUCUAUCACUUCUGACACUUAAUACUAAUCACACAGUGUUUGAUCUUGCUAUGUGUAGGGUUGAUCUGCCACAUUCUGUGAGACUUGUCUUGUUGCUUUCUUCUAUUUAUAGUUUCUUAAUGCGACGGUCUUCUCUUGAUUUGGGAGAUUCUUCUUUCGAUCUUUCUUAGAUUUAGGAGAUCCUGCUAUCAUACUUUCACAGCUAUGGCAAUUAAGAUAAAUCAUAGAGAUUUUUUAACCUAGGUUGUUACCUUUUGAUAGAUAGGAGUAGAAAGGGAAAGCCUUUCAUUUUUCCAACAAUCUCCCCCUACUUUUCUUUGGACAACAAUUAAUUUCUCAAGGGAUAUCAACCAUCACAAGUAGGGCUGGGAGAAUAGACCAGGCCGUUAGAAAAAUCGUGGUCCAAACCUUACCUCACAGUUUGGUCCGGACCGUAGACCGUUAAGUAUGGUCUGGUCCAUGGCUGUAUUAUUUUAUGUUUUGAUCUCUUGGUCUGGUCUGGUCUGGACAGUAGUUUACCAGACCAAACCAUGGAUCCACCCAACUUGUCAAUACGUGUUAACAACCCAUUCGACCACUCUCCCAACUCCCACAACGACACCCAAGUCUCAACCUUAGUUUUGUGAAUCUCGUCCCUCCUUCAUUCACAACCACAUUUACCAGAGAGUAGAGAUAAUCGUGUCUUCAUAUGACAUUAUGUUAAUGUUUAUGACGUUAUGGUGCAAGUUGGGAUGCUUUUACUUUGUAUCUUUGUUAUGUACUGAGAUUUAGGGUAUCAAAAUCAUUCAUGCAUGUUAGGAUAAAUGUUUUAAGGCAAA